AUGUCUGAAGAAGAUUUCUAUUAUUCUAAGCGACGAGUGAAUGAACUCGCUGAUUCAUUAGAUGCCGGGGCUUUGAGAGAGCUGCUGGAUCGUGACCGUCGCCGCCGGGAGAAGAAGCAGGUCGACGACCAGGAAAGGUUACGGCGGAAGCUGCAGGAGAGGGCUGAUGCUCAGCAGGCGGAGGAACAAAAACUCCAGGCCGCCACCCACGCCGAGCCCGAACCUGAACCCGAAAUCGCCCAACCCGAGCCGUCAAUCGCUGAAGUUGCCGAGCCUGAGGAUGUUGUCUUGAACGAAGAGACCAUCGCCCCUCAAAUCGAAGAACCAACGGCUGUCGCACCGGAGAACGAAUCGUGGCCGCUGCGAGCUUCCAAGGACAGCGAGAACACUGGACGCGAAUCGAGAGAAAGCUCUCGCGUAGUUGGAACCAUCGAUGAUGGUUCCGUUCGUGAGCGAAGAUUGGUUCAACGUCCUAGCUUCGCCCCGUCAAACGAUAUUACCAUGUCCCGGACUACCCUUUCUCCCUCUCAUUCGUCACUUCGCCAUGGGCUAAAUACCCCAAGCCAGUCACAAAUCUGUGCACCCAGCUCCACAUCGGACAUCUCUAGAGGGGUUGACUCAGAACGCCGACUUUCCGACACCAGUGGUCGUCGGGGGAAUACUAUCACCUCCCUCUUCCGGCGUGGUUCUUCUCGUCUCAAGAGGACAUACAAAGAGCGAUUCCACGACACUACUCCUGAAGUUACCAACGCCUCGCAUGAAUCGUUCUACAAAAUUCAGACCCAGUCAUCACCUCCUCCGCCCUCAAUAAUCCCUCCGAGAAUCUUAAUGCCCACUGGAACCGUCAAGCGCUCUCAAUCCAAGUUCACUGAACACUUUGGUGACGAACCCCUGUCACCUCCUGAUUCCCGCCUACAGUCGCCAGAUAUUCCGGAGGAAGUUCUAGAGUCCUCUCUCGAAAGGGAUGAGACUUUCUUGCACGAACCAACACCUAGCCCCGGCGUGGAUAUCAAAAACCCGAACCGAAGCCAUCAUCGGUCAUGGGCUUCGGAUAGUAUGGACAUUGAAGCCGAUAAUGUGCCACUUUCCCAAUCUUUGGCUUCAAUUGAUUCUGAGGGAUCUUGGAUGUCCGGCCAGUUUUUCCGGCGGAUGUCACAAAAGCCCAGCAGCCCUGUUCGAUCGAAUUUGAACUCAUUUGGCCGAGACUCGUUGGAGUCCCCCGCAGAUGCCCCCGAAGAGGUUGAAUCACUGGAUGAGUCCCGCCGUAUUAGCAGCAAUGUUCUUGGUGAGCCAGAGCUCGAACCGGAAGCCACAGACAGCCCAGCAAGCAACCCCGCUGAAAGAUGGCACAACGAGGUCGGUCGCCGUGCUGUUCUGGUGAACCCGGUGGUCCGUCCCAAGUCUACACAGGGAUUGCUUAGAGGAUUCCCUUCUUUGACCCCCAUCUCCGCAGAAGAAGAUUACAUCAUGGAGGAGACAACUCCGGAACUGCACCGGAUCCCUAGCGCGAAAGCCGAGAUUGGUUAUGCCGAAUAG